UGCUUUGAUCGCAGAGUACGGAUAAACCCCGCCCACCGGUCCGACUGCCAGUCCGAGAGCUCCUGCUCCUUUAUCGUACAUUUAUGGUGCUGCUACUGGCCGUGACGCGCAACCGGCCACCGAAGAUUUAAACAGUCACGGGUGAUCGUCCGCAUAGUGACCGUGAGUGAGGCUGGUGAAAGACGAUCACGCGCGCGCCUGUCACAAUGUCUACAGACAGAGAGCCUCCCGUCACUGCCAAACUCCUUCACCUCGUGUUUCUCUCCACCUUCUGGGGAAUGCAGAUAUGGGUCACCUUCAUAUCAGGCUUUGUAAUGGACAGCCAUCUGAACCGACACACGUUUGGCUUCAUCCAGAGCCGGCUCUUCCCGUUUUACCUGCAUAUCGGCUCAGCUUGUGCUUUCUGCAACCUCACCAUCUUUGCCAUGUACCAUCCUAGCAACAUGCUGGAUGACAAAGAGGCCUUCCAGAUCUUCAUUUUUUUCGUCUGUGUGACUGUGGCGGCAGUAAAUGCCCAGUGGUUUGGUCAGAUGACCUCAGAAAUCAUGGCAGACAUGCACCUGAUUGAGCAGGCCUGUGGAUUGGGUCAGGACAUCGGACUCUCAUCCAAUCGGGAAGCAUAUGCCAAGCUCUGUGAGACAGACCCCAAGUAUAAAAAGCUGAGUGGUCGGCUGUGGCUGUAUCACCUGCUGUCCUCCCUGUGUAACCUCUGCUGUAUCGUAUGUAAUGGAUACAGUCUUUAUUACCUGGCAGAAAACCUCACCACACUCUGAUGACCUUCCUGCAAUGCAACGCAAACGUCUGUGUGGCUCCGGGAGCGAUGACCUGCUCUUAGAUACUGGAUUACCUCCCGACAAAUCUGCUCAUUAUUGUUACAGAUUGUCUUUUUUAAUAUUUGUUGUGCUAGUUUUAGUUUUUUUUUUUUUUUUUUUUUUUUUUUUUGUAAAUGUUACAGAUAAUGGCUCUGAAUAUUUAAAUUAUAAGAUUUGCAUGGUUGAGGAAUGAGCAUAAUUGAACAAAAAUGGGAAGUGGACGGGACAUUUUCAAAACUUUUCUUGACGUUCUAGAAGUUAUGGCACAUAUUUUCUGUUUUCUCAAUGAAGGCAACCUCACUCUGUCACAAAUAAGUCAAACUUGUUGAUUUCUCUGUUUCAAUGGCCAGCCUCACCCUGUUCUCCUGGAAUGGGUUUGAAUGUAGCAAUAUGUUCACGCACAAUCUCUCAUUAUAAGUACCUUUUAACAGGGAUGAAUAUGCAAAUGAUGCUCUCAUCUGGCUGUAGAUUUAGAGUUCUGUCGCUGUUUGUUGAAAUAGAGCUGAAAUUAAAUGCACCCAGCAGCAGUUGCACCACAGAAUGUGUUUGUGCGUGUUAUACAAGUAUUUUUAAUGACUCACAAACACAAAUUAUUUUUUUAUAGACCGAUUUACAGUGUGUUUAGUAUUGAUUCAGUGCACUGGAUACAGCUAUGACUGUCCACUCAGAGCUAAUAUGUGCCUAAUAUAUUAUAAAUAAGAAUAUACAACUAAAUAUUUUUCAUUAACUAUAAAUUAAUAUUACAUUUUUAUAUGUAAAUUAUUUACACUUCUACUGUUGUACUAAAUAUACUUCAUACUAUAUAUAUUCCUGUUCAAAAGUUUGUGGUCAAUAAGUUUUUAUUUCUUUAAGAAAUUAGUGCUUUUAUUUAGUAAGGACACAAUCGAUCAAAGUGACGUUUAUAAUGUUACAAAAGAUUUCUGUUUGAAAUAAAUGCUGUUCUUUUGAACUUCCUGUUCAUCAAAGAAUUUGGGAAGAAUUCGGUCAGUUUCCACAAAAAUACUUUUUCAAUAAAACAUGGAUAAUAAGAAUUGAUUUAUUAUUUGUAUAAUUUUUUUAGCACCAGAUCAGCAUAUUAGAAUGAUUUUUGUAGGAUCAUGUGAAACUGAAUCCUUCAGCUUAGCCUUCACGGGAAAAUAUAUAUAUAUAUAUACAUUUUUAAACAUAUUUAAAGAGAAUACUUUUAUUUUAAAUAUUUGUUUUUUAAUUGCAUUUUUAAAUCAAAUUAAUGCAGCCUUGUUAAGCAAAAGAUGUUUCAAAAAACAUAAAAACCCUUACCGACCCCAAACUUUUGCACAUAUAGUUAUGGCAGCCUGGAUUAUGAAUUAUGCGGGUACGACACAUUUACAGAUGUACUCUAUCUAGAUCCAUCAAAUUGACCUUUGUUGUGACAGAUUCAACACGAACAAGUUAUGUCCUGUUUGACCGCUUUUGCACACUGCCUUUUGCAGAUGUUAAGCAACAACAAACCGGACUUCCUGGAUGUACAUGACACAUUGUGUGUUGCAGAGUCAUAUACACAUGUGAUGUGCCUAUCUAAUGUGUUAGUCAUAUAAAAUAGUGUGUAUUCUGAUAUAAAGCACCAUUGUUAUAAUGGUGACACCUUACUUUGGAAUGUAGCUCCUGUUUUUUAUUCGCCCUAAACAAUCUGCUGUCUGUCCAUCAUAUUUUUGUAUCUUCAUAUCAAUUACAGUACUGUGCCUUGCAUAGAGAUAUAUUUCAAUUUUAAUACUGUUAUGACUGUGUCCAGUAAGAUGCUGGUGAGGCUAUGGGUUUCUCCCUGUAAUUGAGGAUUGACUAUAUUUUAUCAAUGCAAAUGAACCGGCAGCCAUGGACUCUCUUUUAAUGGUUUUAUUUACUAUACUUGACUUAAAACAUCAUCUAGUGAAACAUGUGGUCAAUAGAAUGAAAUGCAUAGUUUUUGCUUAUUAUUACUGUGCUGUUAUUGAAGUUCCGUGAUUCUUUUAGCUGAAAUGUCAUUCCUGUCUGCGCAUGCAAAUGAAGUAGUAGAUGAAGAAAAGUUUGCAUUAUCAGGUUUUCUGCCUGAAUAAAAGGUAAUUGCAAUUUAUACUGCAUCUCUUUAAGUAAAGCUCAAGUAUGUCAUUUUUUAUAUUAAACGGCACAGUGAAUGUGAAAAGCAACCAGCCUGACACAGCAACAUUGGUUCAACUAUUGUGUGAAUGACUGUUUGUCUGUUUGUCCAAUAACAGAUUAAGGGUGUUUGGGAAACCUGUUUGGAAAGAGUUAUUUUUGCAGUUCCAUUUGUGCAGAAAUUACACAUUACCUUCAAGAAUGAAGACUAAUGUCUGAAUUUGUGAUGAAUGUAAAGCUGUGCAGUUCUGUGUAAUGUAUAGAAGUGGGUUGAAUGUUUUUUUAUUUCCAAAUAAAUUUUAAAUGUUGGUCUAAGA